AUGUGUGUUUUUGUUUUUGUUUUUGUUUUUGUUUUGACGUGAUUGGGUGUGAGUUUAAGAAACUGUAGUGAAAACUGACACAAAAAAUAGUCUGAUUGAUUUAAUAAGCACAGCAUUUUCUUUUAAAGUUUAUUUUGUUUUAAUUAUUUAAUGCGAGACUUUGAUUUUGUGGUUUGAUUUAUAUUUUUUAUUUAUUAUUUUUUAGUUGUAAGAGCGUGAGGAGAUUUUUAUUUGGACGAAUAGGUUUAGAAAAAGAUAUGUCCUUUCGGGUUUACUUGAGAUUUCUUUAUUAGCAUAGACCUAAUGCACACUUAGGGUUUCUUUAAUUUUACUCCUCGCUCUUUCUCGAUUUUGGUCGUUUUGAGGGAUUUUAUUCUCUUUUCUGGUGAUUUUGCCUGUUUGGGUGGCUUGAUUUCUUGCUUUCUCAUCUGCGUCGCUCUUCAACUUUGUGAGCCUUGACUGUUUAGUUUUAGGGAUUUCGAAGUUUUUGGUGACGAAAAGUUCGUGUUUUUGUUUGGAAUUCUUACUCCAGAGAGUUUUUUUCUCUGGAUUUUAGCAACAGGGGUCCUGGAUUUGUGGCAAAUCUUAGGGUUUUGAUUUAAUUUGACAGUUUGGUGUUCGUUUUGUUGCUGCAAAGCUCUGGGUUUGUUGUUGAAGAUCCUUUUUUAAUCUCACUUGACGGUGUGGUUAUGUAUGCAUGAUGUUUCAUGCACAAGGUUCUUCAAGGAAUCAUUGUAGUUUGCUUGCAGUUCUCAGCAGAAAAUUUGCCGAUAACAAGCAAAAACGAGCAGCCUCUGAUGAAAAGCCCAAGUACCCGUUUCCAGAACUCUCUUCAUCUGGUCGACUUGAGGUUCAAGUUUUGAGUAAUCCUAGUACUGAUGAAUUCAGGCGGCUUCUUGAAUCAUCAGAGCCUAAUAUUGUGUAUUUGCAAGGGGGGCAGAUUGAUGAUAGUGAAGAAAUCGGGUCUUUGGUCUGGGGAGAUGUUGACUUGUCCACUCCAGAAGCCUUAUGUGGGCUGUUCGGUUCCACAUUGCCUACCACUGUUUAUUUAGAGAUUCCAAAUGGUGAAAAAUUGGCAGAGGCACUUCAUUCAAAGGGAGUUCCUUAUGUUAUAUAUUGGAAACAUUCAUUUUCGUGCUAUGCAGCUUGUCAUUUUCGUCAGGCACUUUUAUCGGUGGUGCAAAGUUCGUGCAGCCAUACAUGGGAUGCAUUCCAACUUGCCCAUGCAUCUUUUCGGAUGUAUUGUGUACAAAUCAGCAAUGACGUGCCUUCUAAUAGCCAGAAAGUUAGUAGUAAGCUGGGACCAUAUUUGCUUGGGGACCCUCCCAAGAUCGAUAUUGCUCUGCCUGAGGUAGAUGUGCAGGGGGAAGAAGAUUCUCCUGAGAAUCUUCCUUCUAUAAAGAUAUAUGAUGAUGAUGUGACCAUGAGAUUUCUUGUUUGUGGAAUUCCAUGUACAUUGGAUGAAUGCAUAUUGGGAUCUUUGGAGGAUGGACUAAACGCUCUUUUAAACAUUGAAGUACGAGGAAGUAAACUCCAUAAUCGGACAAGUGCUCCACCACCGCCACUUCAGGCUGGAACAUUUUCUCGUGGUGUAGUUACCAUGAGAUGUGAUUUAUCAACCUGUAGUUCUGCCCACAUAUCACUUCUAGUGUCUGGGAGUGCACAGACUUGUUUUAAUGAUCAGCUUUUGGAAAACCAUGUAAAGAAUGAGAUUAUUGAGAAUUGUCAGCUAGCUCAUGCAUUGCCAAGAUCUGAGGAAAGCAAACCGCCUUCAUCUGAGCCUCGAAAAUCUGCCUCAAUAGCCUGUGGGGCAAGUGUUUUUGAAGUUUGCAUGAAGGUUCCCACAUGGGCUUCACAGGUUUUAAGGCAACUGGCACCAGAUUUAUCUUAUCGCAGCUUAGUUAUGCUGGGAAUUGCUAGCAUUCAAGGGUUAUCUGUUGCUUCAUUUGAAAAAGAUGAUGCUGAGCGCCUGCUUUUCUUUUGUACAAGACAGGGAAAAGAACUGCAUACCGAAAAUUCUAUUCUCACUAGGCCUCCUAGUUGGUUAACACCUCCUGCACCUAGUCGUAAAAGGUCUGACUGUUGCAGAGAAACUAAAGGCCUUGAAGCUGAAAAUGGAGGUAAUGUUAGACCAAAAGUGAAUGCUGCUGCAAUGAGGCCGAUCCCUCAUACUCGUCGUCAUAAGAUGCUUCCUUUUUCGGGAUUUUCUGAGGCUGAAAGAUAUGAUGGUGAACCAGCAAAGCCUAUCUUGCCAGUGGCCCCAGUGAAACAUGGUGCUGUGGGUCCUACUCCUGUGACACAUAGGAAAUCGUCGACUUCUUAUCAGGCUCAACAGAUUAUUUCAUUGAAUCCACUACCCCUUAAGAAACAUGGUUGUGGUAGAGCCCCAAUACAAGCUUGCUCAGAGGAGGAAUUUUUGAGGGAUGUAAUGCAAUUUUUAAUUCUUCGUGGGCAUACUCGUCUUGUUCCUCAAGGCGGGUUAGCGGAGUUUCCUGAUGCCAUUCUCAAUGCUAAACGUCUUGACCUUUUCAACUUGUAUAGAGAGGUGGUUUCAAGGGGAGGCUUUCAUGUUGGAAAUGGCAUCAACUGGAAAGGACAAGUUUUCUCAAAGAUGCGCAAUCAUACUUUGACUAAUAGAAUGACUGGUGUUGGCAAUACUCUAAAAAGACAUUAUGAAACUUACCUUUUAGAAUAUGAAUUGGCUCAUGAUGAUGUAGAUGGAGAAUGCUGCUUAUUGUGUCACAGUAGUGCAGCAGGUGAUUGGGUUAAUUGUGGAAUAUGCGGUGAGUGGGCGCAUUUCGGCUGUGAUAGGCGGCAGGGGCUUGGGGCCUUUAAGGACUAUGCAAAGACGGAUGGCUUGGAGUACGUGUGUCCACAAUGCAGUGUCACAAAUUUCAAGAAGAAAUCCCAGAAAACGUCAAAUGGCUAUUAACAAGCCCUAACUUAAAUUUUAGGUUCCUCUCUGAAAACCUUUCUCGCCCUUUCUAUUUUCUUUCCCAAUACAAAUACGUGAGAAGGCAUGGGAUUAGGAAUGUAAUUAUUGUUGUAUCCCCCAGCGUUGUUUUAAUAUAUAGAUUAUGCCAUUAAAGUCCCACCCAAUUUUUCCUCUAUUGUUAUCAAGAAUCUCGAAGAAGAGAAGUUUGUAGAUUACAUUUUUUUAAUUAGUUCAAUUUAAUGAGGUAGUUCUGUCAAGUGUCAA